CCAGUGUUAGUGAUGAACGACAGGAAACGGAACACCAUCCACUUGUCCUCAGCGCGGCUCCAUCUCCUCCGCAGCCGCCUGUUGUUCCCCCAUCACUACCGGGUCUCUGCCGCCGGGGCCGCUCUGGGAUAGCGGCGGUUGACGGCGUAUGGUGGAAUCUGUGGGAGCAGCUACGACAAGAAGCGGACAACAUGAGCGUGGAGGCGUACGGGCCGAGCUCACAGACCCUGACGUUUCUGGACACCGAGGAGUCCGAGCUGCUGGGAGCGGACACCCAGGGUUCCGAGUUCGACUUCACCGACUUUACGCUGCCGAGCCAGACGCAGACGCAGACGCAGGGCCAGAGCCAGAGCCAGAGCCAGGUGGACGCCCAGGCUAACGGUCCAGAUGUUGUGCUGCAGAAUGGAGAUGACCCUGUGGUGAAAGCCAGCCAGCUGCUUGCAGAAUUAAACUUUGAGGAGGAUGAGGAGGAUGCUUACUAUAGCAAGGACCUUCCCCUGCAUGCUUGCUGUUACUGUGGCAUUCAUGAUCCAGCCUGUGUGGUCUUCUGCAACACCAGCAAGAAAUGGUUUUGUAAUGGCCGUGGAAACACAUCUGGAAGCCACAUUGUCAACCACCUGGUGAGGGCGAAGUCCAAGGAGGUGACCCUGCACAAAGAUGGUCCUCUGGGAGAAACCGUGCUGGAGUGCUACAACUGUGGCUGUCGCAACGUCUUCCUGCUGGGCUUCAUCCCUGCCAAGGCCGACUCAGUGGUGGUGUUACUCUGCAGGCAACCAUGUGCCAGCCAGAGCAGCCUGAAGGACAUCAACUGGGACAGCUCCCAGUGGCAGCCACUCAUCCAGGACCGCUGUUUUCUCUCCUGGCUGGUCAAAAUCCCCUCUGAGCAGGAGCAGCUCCGGGCCCGGCAGAUCACCGCACAGCAGAUAAAUAAGCUGGAGGAACUGUGGAAGGAAAAUCCCACUGCCACUCUGGAGGACCUGGAGAAGCCCGGAGUAGAUGAGGAGCCCCAGCACGUCCUGCUGCGUUACGAGGAUGCCUAUCAGUACCAGAACAUCUUUGGUCCUCUGGUGAAGCUGGAGGCUGACUAUGAUAAGAAGCUGAAGGAGUCACAGACUCAAGAAAACAUAACGGUUAGAUGGGACCUGGGCCUGAAUAAGAAAAGAAUAGCUUUUUUCUCCCUGCCCAAGACUGACUCUGAUAUGCGACUGAUGCAGGGUGAUGAAAUCUGCCUCAGGUAUAAAGGAGACCUGGCCGCUCCGUGGAAAGGCAUUGGACAUGUCAUCAAGGUCCCCGACAACUACGGGGAUGAGAUUGCCAUUGAGCUUAGGAGCAGUGCUGGAGCUCCGGUGGAGAUCCCUCACAACUUUCAGGUGGACUUUGUGUGGAAGUCCACCUCCUUUGACAGAAUGCAGAGUGCCCUGAAAACAUUCGCUGUGGAUGAGACUUCAGUGUCCGGUUAUAUCUAUCACAAGUUGCUGGGCCAUGAGGUGGAGGAUGUGGUGAUUAAAUGCCAGCUGCCUAAACGCUUCACUGCUCAAGGCUUACCUGACCUCAACCACUCUCAGGUGUAUGCUGUUAAGAUAGUGUUACAGCGUCCCCUCAGUCUGAUCCAGGGUCCCCCUGGCACAGGGAAGACCGUCACAUCAGCAACCAUAGUCUACCACCUGGCUAGACAAGGAAUUGGGCCGGUGCUGGUGUGUGCUCCCAGUAACAUUGCUGUGGACCAGCUGACUGAGAAAAUUCACCAGACGGGGCUCAAAGUAGUGAGACUUUGUGCCAAAAGCAGGGAAGCCAUAGAUUCGCCUGUGUCCUUCCUGGCUUUGCACAACCAGACCCGUAACAUGGAAAGCAUGCCUGAGCUCCAGAAACUCCAGCAGCUGAAAGAUGAGACCGGAGAGCUGUCCUCCUCGGACGAGAAGCGCUACAGAGCGCUGAGACGCACGGCUGAGAGAGAGCUGCUCAUGAAUGCUGACGUGAUCUGCUGCACAUGUGUUGGAGCUGGAGAUCCCCGUCUGGCUAAAAUACAGUUCCGAUCGAUCUUGAUUGAUGAGAGUACCCAGGCCACGGAACCAGAGUGCAUGGUGCCUGUUGUCCUUGGGGCCAAACAGCUGAUUCUGGUGGGCGAUCACUGCCAGCUGGGACCUGUGGUAAUGUGUAAGAAGGCAGCCAAGGCGGGCCUUUCUCAGUCUCUGUUUGAGCGUCUGGUUGUGCUGGGCAUCAGGCCCAUCCGUCUGCAGGUUCAGUACCGCAUGCACCCGGCUCUCAGCGCCUUCCCCUCCAACAUCUUCUAUGAGGGCUCCUUGCAGAAUGGCGUCACUGCUGCUGACCGGGUGAGAAACGGCUUCGACUUCCAGUGGCCACAGCCUGAUAAGCCCAUGUUCUUUUAUGUCACCCAAGGCCAAGAGGAGAUUGCCAGCUCUGGAACAUCCUAUCUUAACAGAACUGAGGCUGCCAAUGUGGAGAAAAUCACCACAAGGUUACUGAAGGCAGGGGCCAAGCCCGAUCAGAUCGGCGUCAUCACUCCCUAUGAAGGACAGAGGUCCUACCUGGUCCAGUACAUGCAGUUCAGUGGCUCCCUCCAUACCAAGCUCUACCAGGAGGUGGAAAUAGCCAGUGUGGAUGCUUUCCAAGGCAGAGAGAAAGACUUCAUCAUCUUAUCCUGUGUGAGGGCCAAUGAGCACCAGGGAAUUGGCUUCCUCAACGACCCCAGACGCCUUAACGUGGCACUCACCAGGGCCAGGUAUGGGGUGAUCAUUGUGGGGAAUCCUAAAGCCCUGUCCAAGCAGCCUUUGUGGAACCACCUGCUGAACUACUACAAAGAACAGAAGGUCUUGGUUGAAGGUCCUUUAAACAACCUGAGAGAAAGCCUCAUGCAGUUCAACAAGCCACGAAAGCUAGUCAACGCCAUUAACCCGGGUGGGAGGUUUAUGAGCACAGCCAUGUAUGACGCAAGGGAGGCGCUGAUUUCUGGAUCUGUUUAUGAUCGCAGCAGCAAUGGCCGUCCCUCCAACAUGUACUUCCAAACUCAUGACCAGAUCGGUAUGAUCAGCUCAGGACCCAGUCCAAUGUCGUCCAUGAACAUUCCUAUUCCCUUCAACCUUAUGAUGCCUCCUAUACCUCCACCUGCUUAUUUAGGACAGAUGAAUGGUCGUGGUGGAAGCAUGAAGAACAGAUCAGCCAGCGGUGGCAGUGGCGGGACUCGAGGUGGUCGUCAAAGAAACCAUGGCAUCAUGGGAAAUGGAGGAAUAGGCCGAGGGCUGCACGGAGCCCACGUGGCUGGAUCCCUGGCUAGCCAAGAGCAGGGCUCCCAGCCAUUCUCCCAGGGCCCCGUCACACAGAGCUACAUGAACAUGAGUCAGCCAUCGCAGAUGAGCCAGCCAGGGCUCUCCCAGGCUGAACUCUCACAGGACAGUUAUCUAGGAGAUGACUUCAAGUCCCAGAUUGAUGUGGCUCUCUCCCAGGACUCCACCUACCAGGGGGAACGGGCCUAUCAGCAUGGUGUGACUGGACUCUCCCAGUACUAGAAUGUUGCUGGAACAGAGCUAGACCUGCCCGAAGCUUGGUUUGUUGGGAUUUUAAUCUGGGUAAUAAAAAAAGAACAUGGAUACCCGUUUUCCACUCGUACAACCGAAGCACCGCUGCGUGAAAGAGGAAGAGACCGAGAAAAAUCAACCAAUCACCAGAGUGAGAGCUAAAAUGGCAGUAGAGCUGGACGGGAAAGAGAGCAAGGUGGAAGUGGGCUGGUACGUCGUCAGGAAGCACUGCUGCACACCAGUGAAGACCUAGAGAAGAAAAGCCGGUGUCCUGAGAGCAGCACAGUGGAGGAGAGGAGACCAUCAGCUGGUCAGAGAGUAGGAUAGUUCUACAUGAUUCUGGACCAGUGGGAAAGGAGACCUCCAGGCGAUACCAUUUGGAAUGUUGCUCCAAAAGCUGAGAACAGAGGAGGAGAGCUGUCUCACACAAAACUCCUCCAAGUAACUCAGCAUGGCAUCCUGUGACUUGGAGUGAGACAUUAAAUGGAGACACAUCUCCAGAACCAGUUGUUAUGGCAACUCUUUGAAAGCCAAAGCUUGAAUCAAAGCAUAGAAGAAAUGUUUGCUGGUUCAAGUGGACUCAAAAGUGUUUGUGCUGUUGUGGCGCAGAAAUGUCAUCUUAGUUUGUAGGAUUGCAGACACAUGGGUCGUGGACUUUUCUUCCUUAGCUUUGAGAAAUCUGUCAGCGUUCUGAAGAAAUCUGUAUGCUAGUGCAGCUUGUCGUCUUUCAAAGCAGUCAAGGGUGUCCAAGGUAUGGCCCUGGGGCCAUUUGUGGCCCCUUGACUUAUUUUAUUGCAGCCACCAACUGCAUUUCAAGAAUGAUUUAAAUUUGGUGCGUCAGAACAGGUGGUUGAUGCAGAUUGAGACUUUUUAUUUAUUAGUUCAUAAUUAUUACUGAAUAAUUAAAAUCUUGCAAUGGAAAAUGUUAGCAACAACAAAAAGUAUUUGUCUUUUAAUAACCACACUUUUUACAUUAUCUAUUCAUCAAACACAGCAAGCAAUUUAAAAGACAGAACAACCAAAGUCCUGUUCUUGUUGAUUAGAAAAUAAACAAAUGCUUUUUUUAAUUGAGCCCAAAAAAAAUAAAAUAAAUUGCAAAUAGUUUUUGUCUUGUUUUAGUACCACUAAUGCAAACGGACAAAACCCUUUUUCAUUUUUGGCUCUGUAAUGACAUACUCAUCCCUGUCAUACAAAGAAAUUUGACUAUUUUAUUUGUUUAAUUGAAACAGCGCAUGUUUAGCUUAUUUUUAAGCAGGUAAAAAAAAAUCACAAUAUAAUUUUUUUUGUGCUCUCAGCUUUUAGAAGAAUAAUUUCUUUGGCCCACGUGUGGUUUUGACAAUUUUGGCCCACAUGAAAAAACGUUUGGACACCACUGCUGUAGGUGGUCUGCUAAGAGCAGGUGGUUAUGUUAGAAUAUUAAAAGCUAAGAAAAAUUUUAUCCUUCCAGAGGCUAGUAAUAUAAAAAUAAGCACCAUAAAUAUAUUUGAAGUGUAUGAGGAAGUCCUUUUUUCCCAUUGACUAAAAGUGGUAAAGCCAGGGGGUGGAAUUUAUUCUGAAUUCCUAAUUUUCCUUCUGUUAAAGUAAAUUAAACAAACUGUACUUUACUCCGAUCCAUAUUCUUAAGACAUGUCAAAAGGCAUCCAGACAGUGAGGUUCUACACAGUGGUAGCUCUUGCAUACCAGAACAGGAUGACAACAACUUGUAAGGAAAAACUGAAAGCAGACUUUCUUUAAUGCUUUAUGAGCCUGAGUUCAUCAAACCCUUAACACCCCUUCUUAAAACAUAUUCAACUUGGUCCACAUUAAUCCUGCUGUGAUAUUAAGGAUGUAUCGUGCUUGAACAGUGUUUAUAAAGAAAUCACAUGAGAUCUGUCACUUAAAAAACAUUACCUACUUUUGAUAAAUGACUGUUUUAUUCUUCAGUCCAAAGUAUUCCUAUUUUUGUUCUCCUGAACUAUGGAAAGUAGACAAAAAAAUGUAAUUGUGAAUAUAGUAUCUUAUGUCAUUAGUUUCCUUUGUAAAUUCCUAUUUCACUCAAGCUGACCUUGAGUAUACACUUGCAUAAUUUAACCUUUUAACCUAACCUAAUUUAACCUUUUGGCCAUAUUAAUAAGAACUUAACCAAUCAUGUGAGCACUGGAGGCUAUUAGAUAGCCCUUAUGUCUAUCUGAAAUAUAAGUUUUAAAUGCUUGCUUGUGCUACCAGGCUUGAGGUGCCGGAGAAAACGAGCACAAGGCUAAUUACACUACAAAUUAAGCUUUUUUUUUAUCCUAUAUUGAAUCAGGAAGAAAUAUCAUGCAAAUUACAUCAAAUUUGUAAUUACCAUCCCUUUGAGCAACGUGUACAGGGUCUUGUUCUCAUAGUGUGUUGCAUUUCUUUCACCAACACCAAAUGUAACUUUUCAAAGCUUCAUGAGAUUUCCUGCAUACCAGCAAUAAAUCAACACGACAGCCUGUAUAAGUAACCUCCGUGUGUUUUUGCAUGAGGAUCAAUUCAGAUGGAGCAGGGGAUUCCCCCUCACAGUUUCUGCCAGAAUGUGGGCAUAUCACUGUUUAAAACCAAACUUUAAGUUUAGUUUUUCUCCUUUUAAAUCUGUUAACCAUGACAAAUAAAAUGUCUUGUGCUUGAUCUCA